AUCUGUAAGGGUAAAAACUUUACACUCAUAAUACUAUAUAUAAUAUCCACUUCCAAAGACAUUUGCAUGUGUAGAUGCUAUAUAGCUACUUAAGCAUGGCUUCUAAACCAGGAAUCCUCACUGACUGGCCAUGGAAGCCUCUUGGGAGCUUUAAGUAUAUAAUCCUAGUUCCUUUGAUAACGGAGCACAUAUACUCGUUUAUGGUGAAGGAUGAAGAUAUAGACGUGUCCAAGCUGGCCUUAUUCCCAUUUGUGUUAUGGAGAAUGCUUCAUAACCAGCUAUGGAUUAGCCUUUCUCGUUAUCGAACUGCCAAAGGCACCAACAAGAUUGUGGACAAGGGCAUUGAAUUUGACCAAGUGGACAGGGAGAGGGACUGGGAUGAUCAAAUAAUGUUCAACGCAAUCCUGUUUUACUUGGGCAACAUCUACGUUCCAGGAGGUUCACACUUACCCUUUUGGAGAUUGGAUGGUGUGAUUAUAACCAUGUUGCUCCAUGCCGGCCCUGUGGAGUUCCUUUACUACUGGCUUCAUAGAGCACUGCAUCACCAUUAUCUUUACUCUCGAUACCAUUCUCAUCAUCAUUCCUCCAUUGUCACUGAGCCUAUUACUUCUGUGAUUCAUCCAUUUGCAGAGCACAUAGCAUACUUCCUCCUGUUUUCAAUACCCAUCUUGACAACGGUGCUAACUGGUACCGUCUCCGUUAUUGCCUUAGCUGCCUACGUCACUUACCUGGACUUUAUGAACAAUAUGGGCCACUGCAAUUUCGAGCUUAUUCCUAACUGGCUCUUCACCCUUCUCCCUCCUCUCAAGUACAUCAUUUAUACUCCAUCGUUUCACUCGCUGCACCACGUACAGUUUAGAACCAAUUACUCGUUGUUUAUGCCAUUUUAUGAUUACAUCUAUGGCACAAUGGACAAAUCUAGUGAUAGCUUAUAUGAAAAAUCACUGAGAAGGAAAGAAGAAUCACCCUAUGUGGUGCACCUAACGCACCUAACCACACCCGAGUCUAUUUAUCAUCUCCGCCUUGGAUUUGCCUCUUUCGCCUCUAAACCAUACACACCAUCAACUUGGCACAUGUGGCUCCUCUGGCCUGUCACACUGUGUUCCAUGAUGCUUACCUGGAUAUAUUGUUCCACUUUUGUUGUCGAAAGCAAUCGGUUUCAUAAUAUCAUACUACAGACCUGGGCUAUACCCAAGUACAACAUACAGUACCGCUUGAAAUCGCAAAAACAAUCCAUCAAUAACUUGAUUGAAGAAGCCAUAUUAGAGGCAGACGAAAAAGGUGCUAGAGUGUUGAGUCUAGGCCUCAUGAACCAGGGUGAAGAGAUGAACAUGUAUGGUGGGGUGUAUAUGCAAAAGCAUCCCCAGCUUAAAGUGAAGUUGGUAGAUGGAAGUAGCUUGGCAGUUGCAGUUGUGUUAAAUAGCAUACCCAAGAGAACUACACAAGUAGUCCUUAGAGGCAAGCUGACUAAAGUUGCAUGUGCUCUUGCCUUUGCGCUAUGCCAAAAGCGCAUUCAAGUCUCCGUAUUGCGUGAGGAUGAAUAUGAAAAGCUUGAUAAAUUACUUGGCACCAAGUCUGAGGGUAAAUUGGUUCUCUCAAAAAGUUACACUUUUAAGACAUGGUUAGUUGGAGAUGGAGGAUUGAGUGAAGUAGAACAAAGGAAAGCAAGCAAAGGAACUCUAUUUAUUCCCUUCUCGCAAUUCCCACCAAAGAAGUUGCGGACGGACUGCUUCUAUCAUACCACACCGGCCAUGCAAACUCCGUUGGCCCUUGAGAAUGUGGAUUCUUGCGAGAACUGGUUGCCGAGGAGGGUGAUGAGCGUAUGGCGUAUAGCUGGGUUAGUACAUGCACUGGAAGGAUGGGAGGAACAUGAAUGUGGUUACACCACGUCAAACAUUGAAAAAGUCUGGGAAGCAACUCUCAAGCAUGGAUUUCAGCCUCUAAGGGUCCCUACUCAUUUAAAAUCCUAGAUAUUUUGUCACCCUUCUCUCUCUCUCUCUCUCUCUCUCUCUAUAUAUAUAUAUAUAUAUCACGUCCUAUCAUAUCUUAUGGUCUUCUGAAUUAUAGAAGUACAAUUUUAACUACUAAUGGUGGAACACAUCAUUAUUGUCUCAUUUGACGGUUUGUGAGAAUUUCAAAGUUAAAUGAGAUGAGGUUUAGGUUAUUAUAUUUGUAAACUCUUUUAUUAUUAUAAUAUAGUUGCUUAUUUGUAUUAAAAAAAAUUAGUUACUAUUUUUUGCCCAUAAGUGCUUAGCUAAUUUAUAGAAACAAAUUGGGGUGCUUUUAUGGUGUAAGUUUAUUACUAUAUUCUGAUGCUCUCAAAAGAUUAUUAAGUAUUUGUAUUUUA